AUGGAAAUAUGGACAGGAUCUUUGACUGAAAUCCUCUUAAGCCUCGCUUACGUAACUUUUAAUAUUGUAAUCUUUUAUUGAACAGUUAAUGUCUCUAAACGUUUUGAAUGGUUAAGUAUCGACGAAUGAAAAACAUGGAUUCAGAAGAACCACGUGCUCCCUCUCGAUUGAGUAUUGUGAGCAGAAGUAAGUAGAAAAACACCGUGAGAGUAAAAGAUCAAAGCGAUCAGAGAGACGAUCCGAUUAUCUCGGAUCAAGUCUCGGAUUACCGAGUUCACACAGGCAAAAUCUCAAUUGCAGACUCAUCCAACGCCGAUUGUCAUUCUCAAUUCAGCGAAGAAGAGUUUCAACGGGAUCUCCACAAAAAGUAAGAGAAUAAUAUCUCUCUUCCGAUUAUGGAACUUGGAUGGUAUAGUCAAGUACAACAUAAAAAUUGUUGAUUAUAUUGUAAUUAGUGCAGGUAGACUAAGUUUUCAGCCUGCCCGGUUAAUUAGUUUUCAUUUUCUGUCAAUGUCAACCAGUGGAGGAGGCUGUUGUUGUGGGGAAUGUCACUUUCGCGGGUGUGAUUAUUUCCUCUCCAUGUGACAAAUGAUGACAUAUUUAUAGACCGAACGUUGUGGGUCCCGGUGGAGUACCAUUGCCCCGCCAAGCCGAGCUAAACGCCAUGUUGGAUGGGGAUCAGAUUACUGUAAUGUGCUUUACUUGGAACAUAGCAGCAAAGGUAAGAGGAGACUGCAAAGAUUACGGUAAUUGAUCGUAGCCAGUAAGUGGUCUUAAUAGUCUCAGUGAAUUAUUCGCAAAAGUGCCUCACGAUGAACGCCAGGAUGUGAUUGCCAUAGCUCUACAGGAACUUCCGACAUCAACAAUGUAAGAAAAAAAUAAUAAUCGCCAAUUUUGCGAAGCAUACAGUAACUCUUGAUAUCCAUUUCAGAAGAUUCCAUAAUGAUAUGGUAGCGAUUGUGCAAAAAGCUUUGGACGAUACCCACCGAGUCUACUGCUGGGUCAGAAAAUGGUCUCAGAUGGUUUUAAUAUUCAUUCGGAAGAAACUCAGUCUCUACGCUUCUUGUAAGUAUAUCACACUAUCUAAUACAUAUCGCAUAUAUAUCGUAUCUCAUCAUAUUCCGUAGUAGUAACAUGACGUUUUAGAUCCGGAAUAUCAAUUUGUGGCCACGAAAACGCUGGCCUCCCCUUUUAGGACCAAAGGUGCCAUUGGCGUUUGCUUCCGUUUACUUCAGACGACUUGCGUGUUCAUUGCCUGUCAUUUAACUCGUAAGUUUCACUCGGUAACAUCAUGAUUACACUGUAGAUGGAAAAGUGAAGAAACGAAUCUCCGACUACGCGAAACUGUCCAAACUCUUCGAUUUCCGAAUGUUAAAAACAUCCAGUGAAGUGCCAGAUACACCCAUGAAACAGGCCGAUUUCCUCUUUUGGUUCGGCGAUCUCAACUUUCGAAUUCAAAGAAAGGAUGCGGCAGAGAUUAUAAAGAGCGAAUUGGAGGAGAAACUGUUCAAGGAGAAGAUAAACUUCGACUUUUUGUUGCAUCACGAUGAGCUUACAGUUGAGAAAACAAAAGGUAAAGAAAAAUAACAGGAAUAAUGCAAACAAUUUCAGGUCUGAUAUUCCAUGGAUUCAGAGAAGGGAUCAUAACAUUCCCACCCACACACAAAUUCUAUCGAAACACCAAUCAGUUCGUCUCAAAUCGGAUACCUUCAUAUACGGUAACAAGAUGCGUUAAUUCUAUAUAAAAUAGAGACACGUUUCUCGGCAUCGUUUUGUUACACUAGACCUCAUUCCAGGAUCGAGUAUUAUAUUGGUCUCGAGAUCCGUCCGCCAUUUACCCCAUCCGAUAUGAUUGUGUCUGGGCUCUUACUGUAUCCGACCAUAAGCCAGUUUACUGUACUUUUAAGAUGAGAGUCCUCCGAAAAAGAAACGACGCCUCAGGGUCUGUAUAUACAAACUUGACCUCAAGCAACUCUGCAACUAGUCCCAGUGCCAAAUCGUGUUAUUAA